ACCCCACAUUCUCUCCGUGGGAACAUCGCAGUGAGUCGAGUCUAUCUGCGGCCAUUCCGGCUAUAAAUAUCAAUCUCGGAGUUCUAGAGGUUACAAUCUGAUAAAGUCUCUCACGGAAUUUUCUUCAAACACUUAAAAUGUAUAUAUCUGAACCUAACGAGUUGAUUCCGGGCUUACCGGAAGAACUCGCGCUUGAGUGCUUGAGUCGUCUGCACUUCUCUACUCAUGGAGUCGCUGCCAGAGUUUGUCACCGCUGGCGAGAGCUUCUUCAUAGCAAAGACUUCUACUACCACAGAAAGCAGACUGGGCAUACACGUAAAGCGGCUUGCUUGGUUCAGUCACUCCCGGUUCGGUCUGGUUCCGAUGAGACCAAGCCGGUUGGACCCCCAGCUUAUGGGGUGUCUGUAUUUGACCCGAUUAGUGGGAUUUGGGACCGUAUUGACCCAGUUCCCAAGUACCCAAAUGGAUUUCCGUUGUUCUGUCAGGUGACGAGCUCGGAGGGCAAGCUCGUGGUCAUGGCAGGGUGGGAUCCGGUGAGUUACGAGCCGGUAAAGGACGUGUUCGUGUACGAUUUCACGACUCGGCGGUGGAGGAAAGGCAAGGACAUGCCGCAGAAUCGGUCAUUCUUCGCCGCUGGUGAGAUAGAUGGGCGGGUUUUCAUCGCGGGUGGACACGACGAGAGCAAGAACGCGUUGAGCUCGGCCUGGGUUUACGACGUGAGGAGGGACGAGUGGGCGGAGUUGGUUCCGAUGAGUCAGGAGCGAGACGAGUGUGAAGGGGUCGUAAUUGGGUCCGAGUUCGUUGUGGUGAGCGGGUACAGGACGGAGAACCAAGGAGGCUUCGAAGAAAGCGCCGAGUCGUAUGAUCUCGGGACGGCCCAGUGGAAGCGGGUCGAGCACGCCUGGAAGGCGAGUCAGUGCCCAAAGUCGUGUGUUGGAGUAGGAAAAGAUGGGAAGAUGUUUUGCUGGGCGGAGUCGAACUCGGAGGUAAGAGUCGGAGCGUGUGGGAUCCGGUUGGGUCGGAGGACCUUUUUGUCCGGGUCGGCUUACCAAGGUGGACCGCAAGGGUUCUUUCUAGCAGAAGGGCAAAACCGUAAACCGGAGAGGAUAGAAGUCCCAGACGAGUUCGUGGGACUCGUGCAAUCAGGCUGCCACGUGGAGAUCUAAGCGUUUGUGUGCUACCGUAUGCGUCAAACACAAACCCGAUUGCACUGCUGUUUAUAAAUUUUGCUGCCUAACGCGUGUAUUAUAUUAAUUAUAUAUAUUAUGUAUAAGUACUUAUAGAGAGUACCAAGGUUGUAGAACUAGAAGCUCUACUUGUCUUGUGGAUAAUUUAGAGAAUCUUCUCUACCGUCGACAAUCCUUAAAUAAAAUACAGAUCGGACCUAUUUUAUUAUUAUUAAUAAUAUUAUUUUUUGGACA